GAAAUGCUGGGCCACUGGCCACUGAGAAGAAAUUUUUUCAGCUACUACAGGGCAGAGUAGCUGUGAAUAAUCAGUAUGGAGUUAAUACUUAGUAGCUCUUUUGUUGGGACUUAACUGUCUUUCUGGCAGCUGCAAACUAUACCUUUAUCUAUGGCCAAUUUGGAAAGAAAUAACAAAAUCCUACUUGAUUUGGUGCGACAGCCAGGUAACAACGUGUGUAUUGACUGUGGAGCUCCAGAGCCUGAAUGGACCUCAUACACUCUUGGCAUCUUUGUGUGCCUGAACUGUUCAGGGAUUCAUCGUAAUUUGCCCUCUGUCAGCAGAGUGAAAUCCAUACGUCUGGAUUUCUGGGAAGACUCGUUAGUAGAGUUUAUGCGGGAGAGGGGAAAUUCUGCAGCCAAAGCCAUUUUUGAGAAAUGUGUCCCUGCUUUCUUCUACCGGCCGCAACAAACAGACUGUAUUGUUCUUAAGGAUCAGUGGAUCCGUACAAAGUAUGAAAGAAGAGAGUUCACAGGAGAAAACAAUCACUUUCAACGAGCUUAUAGUGCAGAUCCAUUUCAGUCAACACUAUGGAAGAAAGGCAAAGACAACAAACAGUUUCUCAAGAGGAUUUUUCUGUUGUCCCGGACAGACUUCACCCUCAGAUACUUCAUUAAAGAGGAUUCCAAGGUUCCCAAAGCUGUUGUCUCCAUGAAGGAUCUGAAUGCAGUUUUCCAGCCAGAGAAGAUUGGUCAUGUUCACGGUCUGCAGAUCUCCUACGUGCAGGACGAAUGCACAAGGAAUUUAUUUGUUUAUCACGAGCAUGGGCAGGUAAUUGUCUCCUUCUUCAAUGCUAUUCGGGCAACACGCUUGGCAUACCUUCAGAAGAAACAUCCCACUCUUCGAGACAGUGAUUUAAUACCUCUGUUAACAAGACUGCCCUUGAAAGAGGGGUACAUGGAGAAAACUGGCCCAACGCAUCGAGAGCCAUUUAAGAAAAGGUGGUUCACACUGUGUUCAAUGAACAGAAAGCUUCUAUACUUCAAAACCCCACUGGAUGCCACAGAGCUGGGCGCUGUCUUCAUCGGCACAGAGAGCCAUAGCUACUCUGUUUCAGAGAGCACCGGCAAGAGCAGAAGGGGAAGUCGGUGGCACUGGGGCUUCACCCUGUACACUCCAGGCAGGCAGUUUGUCUUCAUGUGUGAGCAGGACAAAGAGAAGAAAGAGUGGCUGGAGGCCUUCAGAAAGGUCAUCUCUCAACCCAUGACCCCAGAGGACUAUGCUAAUGAAGCCGACUUGACAAGGGUGAAAUGAGUGGAACAAUUUUAUCUGCUAGCUUGCAAAAGCUAUUGAUGCAAUGAGGAGAAAGUUUCCUUCUGGGCCAUAACAGACUGAAAGCCUUACUUAUUAAAGAUGCUCCUGAACAUCUCACCGGGAAAAUAAUAAGAAUCCAAACAUUUUAAACUAAAUAAAAGGAGACAAAGCCUGUUUUACUGGCAGGACUGAUCCACAACACUGACAAAUGAUCAUCUCUAACAUACUGCACAAGCUACAGCCUCUGUGAUUACAGUGCGACACUCUAGAGAAGGGUAAAUCAAAAGCAGUGUCUCUUGUUCUGAUUGUAUUCUUGCUGCAAUCACUGCCAUGAUGAGAACUCAUAAAAACAUUCUUGUGAAAUGCAUUCUGAAAACUGGAACCAAAUACUGUAAAAAUAGUGACUAUAGAUUUUAUGCACCGUAUGCUUUUUUAAAUUUUGUAUUUUUGUAUUUUAUACUUUCUC